UUCGUCUUCUUCCCCAAAUCGCAUCCCUCCGACUCUCCCCGUCUCCCCCACCCAAGCAGCCAAACCCUAGGUAGGGCGCGAUGCUGGGCGGCCUGUACGGCGACCUCCCGCCGCCGUCGUCGGCCGGCGACGACGACAAGGCCUCCACGGCCUCCGUCUGGUCCAGCGCCACCAAGAUGGCGCCGCCCACCCUCCGCAAGCCGCCCACCACCUUCGCCCCGCCCCCGUCGCUCCUCCGCAACCAGCACCUGCGCCCGCCCAAGGCGGCCUCCGCAUCCACCUCCGCGGCUCCCGCCACGGCUCCCCCCGUCGUUACCGUCGAGCCCGCCCCCGCCGCGUCCUUCCAGCCGGCGUUCGUGGCCGUCCAGUCCACCGUGCUGGAGGAGUACGACCCGGCCAAGCCCAACGACUACGAGGACUACCGCAAGGACAAGCUCCGGCGGGCCAAGGAGGCCGAGCUGAGCAAGGAGCUCGAGCGCCGCCGCCGCGAGGAGCAGGAGCGGGAGAGGGAGCGCGAGCAGCGGGAGAGGGAGGCCCGCGAGCGCGAGGAGAGGGACUACCAGUCCAGGGCAUCCUCCCUCAACAUAUCUGGCGAGGAGGCCUGGAAGCGGAGGGCGGCAAUGAGCGGUGGCGGCGGAGCUGCUGCUGCGCAGAGGACCCCCUCGUCCCCGCCGCACGGGGAUGGGUUUGCCAUCGGGAGCUCAUCUUCCGCUGGGUUGGGCCUGGGUGCCGGCGGACAGAUGACUGCUGCCCAGCGGAUGAUGGCCAAGAUGGGGUGGAAGGAAGGUCAGGGGCUUGGCAAGCAAGAGCAGGGGAUCACUGCUCCUCUAGUGGCCAAGAAGACCGAUAGGAGGGGAGGGGUUAUUGUUGAUGAGAGCAGUUCAAGGCCACCAGAAAAGAAGCCGAAAUCCGUCAACUUUGAUGGGCCGCCAACACGAGUUUUGCUGCUACGCAACAUGGUUGGUCCUGGUGAGGUUGAUGACGAGUUGGAAGAUGAGGUGGCAUCUGAGUGUGCCAAUUAUGGGACAGUGACUCGCGUACUGAUAUUUGAGAUCACACAGACAGGCUUCCCAGCUGAGGAGGCUGUGAGGAUAUUUAUACAGUUUGAGCGAGCAGAAGAAGCAACAAAGGCGAUGAUUGAUCUGCAAGGGCGGUUCUUUGGUGGGCGUGUGGUGCAGGCAUCCUUCUUUGAUGAGGAAAGGUUUGGGAGGAACGAACUUGCUCCUAUGCCAGGGGAAGUACCAGGGUUUUUCGACUAAAGUAAGAAAUGCCGAUGCGGUAUCAGAUCAGAGGUUCACAAUUCUUUCUCGCCCCCAAGAUGGAUGGACCAUACCAGUUGGAUAGUUGUAGUUUUGUAGUAGCUAGUGCAGAGAUGUACGCGAACUAUUUUUGAUACAAGCUGUUGCGUUUUUUGUGUAUGUCAUCGGCUACUGAACUUACGUGUGUUUGUACAUGACCUUUUUGACAGCUUUCUCGUGCUUUACAGUGCAGUUAUCAUGGUUUUGAUCUUUUUGAAA